UGUAAUCGAGUGCAAUCGAAAAUCCAGACCACCCCUAGCUCUCAACGAACCGAUAUCAUUGUGAAAAUUUCUCUCGCCUGAAUUUGUUCGUUCUCGUGUUAAAAGUGACAUUUUGUGAAUAAUAUUUGUAAUUUGUGUUAAACGUCUAAACAAACCUAAGUAAAUAUGGCCCGUACUAAGCAGACCGCCCGUAAGUCGACCGGAGGAAAGGCUCCUCGUAAGCAGCUGGCCACCAAGGCAGCCCGUAAAUCGGCGCCAUCCACCGGCGGAGUGAAGAAGCCCCAUCGUUAUCGUCCCGGAACCGUGGCUCUUCGUGAGAUCCGUCGUUACCAGAAGUCGACCGAGUUGCUCAUCCGCAAGCUGCCCUUCCAGCGGCUGGUUCGUGAAAUCGCCCAGGAUUUCAAGACCGAUUUGCGUUUCCAGUCAGCGGCCAUCGGUGCCCUGCAGGAAGCAUCUGAGGCGUACCUUGUGGGUCUCUUCGAAGACACCAACUUGUGCGCUAUCCACGCCAAGCGCGUGACCAUUAUGCCCAAGGACAUCCAGUUGGCGCGCCGCAUCCGAGGCGAGCGUGCUUAAGCUGGAUCACCUGCGCCGGAUUCAAUCACUGUCGUCCAUCCCCGAGCAGCAAACGGUUUUCAUUCACCUUUUGUUGUGGGAGAGGUGCCCGUCAAAAAGCUUCACCAGCGACACAUUGAUCCAAUCUAUCAUUCAUAUUUAUAUGUAUACAUUUAUCAUCCUUUUGUUGUUCAAUCGGAUCGUCCGAGUGGCGAUGUCGAUGCGAGAAAUACCACACACAAAACAACACACAACAUUACUGUAAUGCUUAAACAAUA